GAUUGAAGCUUGAAGAGCCGAUAGGGAAGCGUCAAGAACGUGGUCGGCGGAUUCUUCCGCGGGGAAUCAUGGCUUUGGAAUCUCGGAAAGUUGUAGUUCAUCUGAGAGCCACCGGUGAUGCACCGAUUCUCAAGCAAGCAAAAUUCAAGAUUGCUGGGACAGACAAAUUUGUAAAAGUAAUAGAUUUUCUUCGUCGCCAGCUUCAUAGAGAGACACUGUUUGUGUACGUAAACAGUGCCUUCUCGCCAAAUCCUGAUGAAUUGAUCUCAGACCUGUAUAAUAACUUUGGCAUUGAUGGAAAAUUGGUGGUAAAUUAUGCUUGCUCCAUGGCCUGGGGAUAAGAACUUCCAAGUUGAACAGUUGCGAUCAUUGAAGUGUACAUAAGACCUGCAUUUGCAGCAAUGAUUGUCCAGUUCUUAGCGCCAUGGAUGUCGACUGCUUCCGCCAGCUUCCGAUCCUCCUCUGCCCUCCAUGGGCCCUUGUUCAGUCCCUUCUUCAGUUGCUUAGCCUCUCUGGUAUUUGUGGUGCCAGCCAUGGAUUUCUCUUGCUACACAAGUACACCAAAACACAGGUGUGCAAUUUUUUAGCUGUUUUAUACACUCCUACUUUGUUUUGUGUUUCUAAUGCCUAUGUAGAACAUUUAAUUUUGUGUAUAUAUAUAUAUAAUUGCAUGAAAA